CUCCCUCCUCCUAAUCCUCCCGGUGACCUUGAGAUAGUCUCGGUGGCAGAAGACAGUGCUCAGUUGUCAUGGCGGCCGCCUCAACCUGUUUCUGAAUCACUGAAUGAGCAAAUAAAUUAUCGUAUCGAGAUUAAGCCAGAAAAUUCACCAAAGAAGUUCUCGAUGAUGACAGAGGAAUCACAAAUCUUGUUUGAAGAACUUCGGCCGAACACCCUCUACGAAGUGUCGGUCUAUUCUUACCGUCCGGCUGAUGGUCAAGCUUCAUUAACUCCAAAACAUAUUAAAGUGACAACCAAGCCCGAAGUCUACCGAUUACCAAUGGUGAUGAAUCCUAAGGCGGAGUCAACCGAUUUUGCGACCCUAAAAGUGUCCUGGGAACUGCCGCACAUCGAACGGAUCAUGUUGCUGAAUUUGGCUGCCAACAGCGGGGAUUCACGUCGUUGGGUAUCCCAUAAGGUUCCUGGGGGCGCCCGUGUUACCGCCUACAACAUAGCUGAUUUGCAACCUGAUUCAUUUUAUCGCGUGAGAAUUAUCGCCGUCUCCGUGAUGGGAGUUGAUGGCCACCCCGCCACUAUUGCUUCCUCGCCGCGUAUUCUCUCACGCCCUCCGUCAACGCCGCCGCUUAAUGUGAUGUUGUCAGCAGUUGGUGCAUUGACAGCCGCUUUCUCCUGGCUGCCACCAGCGGUGCAGGAUCGCAAUGGCGAGAUUGUGGCCUAUCAACUGGAGUUCAACUCGCCUGAGUGGCUGGCACCACGAGAACUUACCGUUGCUGAUGGUUGUAACUACACCAUCACUGGCUUGAAUCCAAUGACCAACUACAGUCUCACCGUUGCAGCAGCGACACGUGCAGGUGUAGGACCAAAAUCCCCGCCUCUUCUAUUUAUGACAACCUUAAAAACCAAUCAGGUCGAUAAUGAGGCUCCAACUGACCCCAAUGACACCAAUUUCGAAAACCAAAAUUUUUUCGUCGAUCCUGGCGUCGCAACUCUCCCGCCGCUAAAGGUCCAUAACUUACGCUAUGUCGCAAGAGAGAGGAAUAUCCUGCUGUUGUGGUCGAUUCCACCCAUUUCGGCUUCCCAUCACCGAUUUAAAGGUGUUGUUGUCCGAUGGGGUAACAUCUAUCCCGGCCCAAAUAAGGCUGAAGUCAGUCUGGAGAAAAGAGCGUUUUCUAUUGAGCCACUGGAGCCUUCAACGACCUACAUGAUCUCGGUUGCUCUCCUUAUUGAGGACGGUGAAGGUCCUGUCGAAAUGAUAACAGCGCAAACCAAACCUGUCUCUCCUGUCACUGCUAUAGAUGCGAAAGAAUCUCUCAUACCUCUCAAUUUUCGGCUUCUAUCGGCCGGUCCUGACUGGGCAAUCAUGGCAUGGGAUGCUCCAACCUGUUCUGCCCUUGAAGACGAAUUUGAUGUUUAUCAUGGCAAUAAUAAUCGAAGAACUACACAGAGAGCAUCCCCAUGUGCAAGUGGGGCAUUCCCAUUGACCUAUCAGCUACGGUAUGAUGUGGUGGAGACAGGGGAGACUGCAACGACCAGUGGAGCUUUUGGUAACUGCCCGGAAGAUGGAUCGAGUACAGCAAAGGAGGUAAAUGUAAACGUUACGUGGGUUCGACUGGAACAACUCCAGCCCAACAGCCGUUACGUGGCCUGUGUGCGUGCGAUUACACAUGAUGCUACGCAAACCGAGCUGCUUGGCGAUUGGAGCUUCGUGCAUAUUUUUGAAACUCAGCAUCAAGAAUCCUCGCAAGUGAAUCCAUCCAAAACUUCUGAAGGUGGUGUUACAAAAACCAACCAAUCAACAACUUCAUCGGCCAACUAUCUGCCAUCACAACCAAUCACGAAUGCAAACGUAUCAUCGGCCGACACCUCGCAAUCCUCUACUCUGAUUGGCGGUAGCAAUUCUGACAUUUGGUUGGCCCUUGCCGCCAUCAUGGUGACAACGGUUGUUCUUAUGGUCAUAGUCAUUGUGGUUGUUUGUUGGGCCAAGAGAAGUCCCAUCAUGGUAGUCGGUUACAAACCAGAACAGCAAGCCAGUGGUGGAGGCCUGACAGAGGCGAGUGUAAAUCUUCUUAACCCUUCCAAAGCACAGAGCAACGGAGGUGGAGUUAGCGGAGGAGGAGGUGUUAAUGAAAAAAUUGCGCUACAACAGUACCCCGCCCCAAAGUCGAGUGAGGCGCAGCUCAUCGAUUUCACUAAUAAAACGCCGGGUAGGCUUGUGUCAUACCACUUGAUCCCCUUGUACCAAUGUUGCAAUGAGGCCUGGGCAAUGGAUGGUGAUACUGUGAUUCAACAGCAGCAGCAGCAGCAACAACAACAACAACAACAACAUCAGCAGGGUCUGAUUUCGAUGACCAACGCGGUUCCAAUGAUGGGAAUUCGUUCAGCAGUCGACCCAAUGAGCGGAUGCGGAAGUGAUGCAGCUAGCCGUGGAGCAACUGGCAGUUCGGCCAGUUCUGCAAUUUCCCUGCUUCCAGCAGUCGGAUCGACGGGUGUGAAGCCAACUCCCACCUACGCCAGUCCAACAGGGAAUCCACUCAUUAGUCCGCCUUCGUCGGUACCACCUUACGGAAUCUUUCCAUCAGCUCAACCACAAUUAGGCACCUUUGCUCAAGCCUACUAUCAUCAACAUCACCAAAACGCGGCGGCUGCUGUUGGAGGUGGUAGUGGGGUUGGCGGUGGGAUGUACCCUCCACCGGCUUACCUUCGAGGGUCUGCGGGCCAACAUCCACCACCUCCACCACCCCCGCAUCCGCCACCACCUCCUGGAUUUCCUCUCGUAACUCCUAGCAAUAUCGGUGGCCCACGUAUUGACUUGAGCGCAGGAGUCGGCGUUCCUUCCUCCGUGGUUCUUGGGAUUGCCUCGACAACCCACCCAACAGUGCCAACAGGAGUAGGCGGAAAUCCAGUCGAGUUUUCCACCGUUUCUACAGUCUCAUCCUGCUCGAAUUCAAAUUCCAACGCAUCCAAUCACCACAUGCACGGUGCAAAUCCCCACAUUCAACGGCAGAUGGCACAUUUGCAACCGAGAGGAGGGUAUAACUCCCUUCCAGCUAGAAAAGAUGGUGUAAAAAGCACAAACGAGACGAAACCUCGUGCGGCAGGUGGAGGAGGUGAAACUAACGAGAAUAUGAAAGCCAUAAGCACGGAGGAGUUGACCCAGGAGAUGGCGAAUCUCGACGGAUUGAUGAAGGAUUUGUCUAUGAUCACACAAAACGAGUUCGGGUGCCUUCAACCCUGA